AUGUCGCUUACAGAUGUUUCGGAUUCGAUAUCGGUGGUAGUGACCGAGACAUCUCAGUCUUCAGCAGUCUUUCAGAGACAAGAUCCCUCGUUUGAUUCCGGAAUAGCGCCAGUAUACGAGGAUGUAGAAGAUCAAAAAGAUACAGAAACUUCCUUCUGGUACAACCUCAAACUCUCGGACAUCACCCGUGGAGUAAUAUACGGGAUUUAUUACUCACGGCAGCAUUUAUUCCACUCAUACUUUAUCAUUCCUCUUGGGAUCAUUGUACUAUUCGCAGUAUUGUACGGUUUGAACCAGAUCCUAGCCAACGUAAUCCGGAUUCGGUUUCCAGCCUCAGUAUUGGGCAUGUUGAUUAAUCUUGUAGUGUUAGUUGUUCUCAACUUGGUAGCAAACAUUAGACUGAACCAUCCGGAAAAAGGAGGUGUUCUCACUAGCAUCAGCAAGGGUUCUGCUUGGCUCUUGACAAACUAUUUGACAAUAACGAAACCGCCCAUGAACUUCUCGUUGAAGUGGAUCAACGUUUUCUUCAUUCCCUCGUUUAUCAUCUUGCCUCUUUCUGACCCUAUCACGUUCAUGGAGUGUCUCAAGAUCGCUGGUGUGUUUGUUUUUGGUUUUCUACUUUUGUUUUGUGUGGACGUCUAUGCCAUCAUUGGCUUGAAAUGGACACUUAACCAUUUUGGAAUCUUCCGCGACGACACGAAAGUAUCCGAGGCCACAAACUCAGACGAUGAAACCAACAACGACGAAGAGAGUGAAAAUGAGGAUAUUGAGUUAGAAAUUAUUCCUUCUAGAGGUUUCAAUUCUCAUAUGAGAGACGAUAUCACCACUAUUGAUAUCCAGAGCUUGCAUCCUACGCGAACUGAGCCUAGUAACAAUGUUAUUCGUCAUAGCUCAGUAUCCGAAAACCCAUUCGACGGAGGAAAUGUCUCUACAUUGAGCGAGUUGACUCCAGAAAACCUCAUUCAUCCUGCUCCCAUACAUCAAAGAGCUCACAGCAUUGCAACACCAGACCCGCAUUUGCAAUUACGUUCCCCAGAUUCGGCUCCUACCAUUAUGGUUUCACCGGAAAGCGAAGACGAAAUUGAAUUUGAUAGAAACAGUGCACGGCUGUCAUCAGAUACAGUUGCUUCUUCUGAGAUUUUCUCUCCCAAGCUCAGUGAAAAGUCGAAAAAAAUUGUAGUCUUCAUCACUUCGUAUUUCGAUUGGAUAUUGUAUUGUGUUCUCUUUGUUGUUUCGCUUCCCUUAUACUACAUUUCGUCACUACAUGUGUUCUUGCCGUAUCAUUUGGGUAUCACUAUCUUGGCUUACUAUAUAGCUUUGCUCAUUCCUCAAAAAUGGCCCUCCACCAAAAAGUUCGCUCAUCCCAUCUUGAUCCUGACGCUUGAAAUCCUUUUCGUGUGUUUCAUAGGCUCUCUCAUCUACCAUAGAGGUGAACUCAAAGGAUUUCUCGAUGACUUGCGCUUCUAUAAGACUGGCAAAAAUUACUUAAACUUGUUCAACAACCAAAUCAUGCUUGACAAUGGGCAACAGUCUUCAAUACCAGACGAUAACUUCACAGCCACACCCAUCUGGCCCGGUUGCGGCGAUGUCCUCAGUUCUCUCAUGGAUAUCUCCAUUGUCUCGUUAUCUUUGCCAAUGUUCACGCAUAGAAAGGACUUCGUUCGCAACUUCUGGGUCUUGAUGCCCCCUAUACUUUUAUCAGUUGCGCUUACGUUUUUCAUUUACCCCGUAGUCAGCUUCAAUAUCGGCAUCGAGUCGGAGCGGUCGAUAGGGUUCAUAGGCCGUUCCGUUACUCUUGCACUCGGCACGCCGUUGAUAGAGGGACUCGGAGGUUCAGUAUCGCUCAUGGCUGUUUGCACUAUUCUCAGUGGAAUCUGUGGGGUGCUUAUCGGAGAUACUCUUUUCGACUUAUUGCGCGUCGCCAAAAACGAUUACGUCACACGAGGUGUAAGUCUUGGAAUAAAUUGUGGAGCUAUUGCUACAGCCCAUUUGCUCAACGUAGACCCAAGAGCAGCCUCCAUGAGCUCAUUGAGCUUCAGCGUUUUUGGCACUGUCAUGGUCGUCAUGGCCAGCGUGGGUGCUGUCAGAGACAUGAUCCGGAGCUGGGUAGGACUAUAG